CCGAUACUUACCAUGUGUCUCUUUCUCUUCCUCUGGGCCUUCUCUGUUACAACAACACCAUAUAAAAGCCACAACCUCAACAACACCACCACCACCAUCACCAUCACCAUCACCAUCACAACCCUCUUCUCGUUCCUCCUCCGAACAUGGCGAAGAAGAGAAAGUCCAUAGCCACCAGCCUCGACGAGGUCGAUCGAACCAUGCACGCCUCCUUCUGCACCGCCGCCAAUUCCCUCUCCCAGCUCUACACUCACGCCAUGAACCACCAGAAACUCUCCUUCCAAGCCGGUGAACGCCACGGCCUCGAAAAGCUUUAUCAGUGGAUCUGGAGACAACAAGAGGGUGGAUCAAGAGUUGGAACAGUUGAUAUACUUAACUACAUUCAGAAUGAGCUGGAUUAUUUUGGCGAGGACCCUACCAUGUCACCUAGAGCACCACUGCAACACCAACAGUUACAACCAGCAGUGCAUGUCCCUAGUUCAGGUUUUCCAGUAACUUCAGGAUCUUCUGGUCAUACAAUUGUUGGGCAGGGACUCCGGUCUGAGCAAUGUGAUAAUCAAACAAAAAAUUCUGUGUUUUCAAAUGCUUUAUCAAGCCCUGUUCGUCGGAGUCUUCAGCAUUAUGAAAUUGGGGAGGGAGGGAACUAUCCGAGUGGUCUCUCUAUGGGGAAUGGAAACCGUAACACUGAGCACAGCUUUGUUCACCAGCAAAGCAGGGACGCUACUGGAUUUAGUUCCAACGACUCUGCCAUGGACAUGCAUGCAGACUAGUCCUGCCUAUUGGUUUAUGUACUGAAUAUUUUUAUGUGACCAUCAUUCUGCUUUACCUGCAAAAGAAGUGAAUAACCUUUUGGAAAUUCAUAUCUGGUUUAAUGGUUUUGCUCCUUGCAUCCUACAAGAAAUAGCAGUAGGGUGGAGCCAGUUUAAUUAACCUAUUUAUAUGCUUAUGUCUUCCGAGUGACUAGUUUGAAUCUUAAAUGUUCUUUGUAAAGUUUUUUUUCUUUUUUUUUUAAGAUUUUAAAUUUGUACCUUGAUUGUCUACCUGAUCCCUCUUUCUCAAAGUCCGGAUUACUUCUAUCUGAAGUUUCCUAUGUAAAUCUGUCCUUUUCGCCGA